GCAACACACGUGUUAUGUACAAAAUAUUAAAAUAAUGAGAAUGUUGGUAAUAAAAGGGAAGGAAUUCUAAAGAAUAUAAAUAAUCACAUAGUGACCAUCAUUUGCAUUAUUUCCAUGUGUUUGUGAUAAAUAAUCGCUGUGAAUUUUUUUACUGAAGUGAUACCUAUGACUAACCUUUCCUAGAAGGGUGUGGAACAGUGCAUAAUUGAAAUAAGUGGGAAAAAAGUAUAUUCGUUUUAUUAAGUGAAAAUGUUUUAUAUAUUGGAAAGGCGGAAGUAAAAUAAUUGAAAAUAACCGGCUUUUUUGAUAUAACAUUUGGGAAACGGUGUAAAGCCUUCGACUUAUGAUGAGAAAAAUUACAUGGGUUGUUGUUAACUAUGCAAUCAUAUGCUCAAGAGUUGGUUCACGGUUCUGAUAACGGUUAGGAAUGUCAUAACAGGAUGAAUCAUCGACUCGUAGUUGUGACAGCUUGUCUUCUGCUGCCUUUGCUGACACGAAGUUCGACUAACUUCCUGGAUUUUGAUGGCAGAAAUUCGAAUGAAUUAUGUUUUAUCUGCACUUGCAAUGAUGAUAGAACUACUGUCGACUGUUCUAGAAGAGGACUCACAGAAAUACCGGACGGAUCUGGUGAUAUGGUACAGAACUUGAAUAUUUCAAAGAAUGAAAUAUCGGUUUUUCCAUCAAAUUUAAGCAGAUUUUAUAACUUGGUUACCCUUGAUAUCAGUUCGAAUCUGCUGAGAGAUUUGCCAGAAAAUGCUUUUCAUAAUGUUACAAAAUUAGAAUUACUAAAUCUAUCUAGUAAUGAAUUCGAAGAAUGGCUUAACUUAAACCCAAAUAACUUCAUCAAACAGGCCGUGAACUUGAAAAUAUUGGAUUUAUCGCAUAAUAAAUUUAGGACACUCGGAAAUUUGGCCAAUCGAGAAUUAUUGAUAAGUUCUUCGUUGGAAACAUUAGUCUUGAACGACUGUGAAAUCGGAUCCAUACACGGCAGGUCUCCAGUGAGUGGACUUGACAACCUAAGAGUACUAAAAUUGAACAACAAUCCUUUGUUAAGAAUUCAAGGCAUGGUAUCAACUACUUUGAAAAGUCUUUACCUGAGCAAUUGCCUACUCACUACGAUUGGUCAUAAUGAUCUGUUAUACUUAACAUCUUUAUUAUAUUUGAGAUUAUCGCGAAACUUCAGAUUAGAUUUAUCAACAGCUAGUACAAAUUUGUUUUCAGACUCCAUUAGAUACCUAGAUAUAUCAUAUUGUAACAUUAUGCAGCCCAGCUUACAAGGAUUCCCUAAUUUAAGAAAAGUGUUAAUCAAUCACAAUAUGAUUAGGUAUUUACGAAGUAAUGAAUUCAUGAAUAAUAGUAAGCUUGAACAUUUGGACUUGUCGUAUAAUAAUAUUGGAUCUCUAAGGACGGACACCUUCAAAGGACUCAGCAUAUUAAAAUAUUUGGACUUAUCGUGGAAUGAAAUUGCGAACGUACCCGAAGAUAGUUUAUUAGACAUGCCAGCACUGACGUACAUAAAUCUUUCGAGAAAUUAUCUGACAAGAGUUGGACAUUUGAGAUCUCUAUCCUUGAAUACGGUGGACAUGAGUCAAUGCGAAAUCACUACCAUAGGAAAAGAUUCCUUCGAAGGCUUACAAUCACUAGUUGAUAUUAAUCUCUCUCGCAACUUAUUAUCACAUAUUCCCGACAGUAUUUCAUCAAAUACACUCCAAUAUUUAAAUUUUAACUACAAUCGAAUAAGUUCCAUAAGUAACUACACUUUUUUUAUGCUACCAAGGUUAACGGGAUUAGGAGUUAUUGGAAAUAGAUUCACUGUUAUUUGGAACAAGGAUUAUUUCCAGUCAAAUCCGUAUUUGGAGCGGUUGGAUCUUAGUGAUAAUAUGUGGCGCUGUGAUUGCAGUGAUGAUAACAUGUAUGAUUUUUUCGAGUUUGUAACCUUGGAACCUAAUAAAAAAGAGGAAUCUUAUAAUUUAAUUUGUAACAGUCCGGCCAGUGUUAUUGGACGAACUUGGUUAGAAGCAUGCUACUAUACAUGGAACCCCACUGAAAAAGGGACUAGUCCGGAUAACGUCAUCUGGUUUAUUAUUGUUAUGAUUAUAGGUUUAGCUUUGUGUCUUAUCUUAGUUAAUGCUAUUAAACGAUCUAUGAAACGUCGUAUGGCGUCUAUACAAGCUGAGCGGGAAAGACAAGUGGAAGAAGCGAGAGAUAGGCUGAGACAGCUGCGAAUGAGAGCGGAGCAGGAAGCACUUUGCAAUGCUCCGGACCCUCGAGACUUGGUCGCCCCACCAUCAUAUGACGAAGCUCUCUCAAUGCCAAAAUUAAACGCGUCCUGUCGUUCUCUUUGCGAAGUUGGAACUGAGAAGAAUAAAAGGAAGAAAGGGCGCAGAAAAACAAAAUCUAGUGGAGACUUGCUUGAAGAGACGGAACGAAAUGGAGAUGUGACAAUUCUGAAUGAUUUGGGUCGUAGUCAGACUCCUGACAACAGUCGCAGACGAAGUCGACGGAGGCGACCAGCAAGGUACGGUAGUCAUGAAAUAACUGAACUAGAACAUUCGCCCGGGGCUCGGCGCCGACAUAUGUCUGAGUUCGGCGGUGACGGUGCCGACGGGGACACAGAGGACAGUGUUAUUGUAGAAGUGGAGGCAGAAGUGGAGAGGCCUCUGCGACCUAGAAACCGAAGUCAUUCUGUUGAUGAUGACGAACCAACAGAGAGUAAUUUUUAAAAUUUCCUCGUAGUAUAAGUAAUAUUUUAAUUAUAUACAUAUAAACGUACAAAUAACAAAUAAGGCAAGGGCACCCAAAAUAUUUCUGAUUUUCCUACAGAGAUACAGGCUGUUUAAAAGUAGUACAAUAAAUAUUGCUUAGUUCGUACUUAACAACUUACAUUAAUGAAACCAGCAAUCCAAAAAACCCAAAAAUAUUGGUUGUUCCGAAUAAAAUAUUCACAUUUUAUUUUAACGCAAUUAGUGCCGGGAACCCGCUCGGCGGGUUCUCUGUUCGAAGUCGCUUUCCUCUACAAAGCAGAAAAAAGCGGGUUAUUCCCACUAGUUACCACCAAGUUGUUACCAGUGGUAACUACUGGGAUUUUUUUCCCACCUUUUACCACUGGUAACUACAGGGGAAAAAAUUCCACUAGCCUAGCUACCACAAACUCGGUUUGGUGGUAACUACUGGGAAUUUUUUCCCAGUAGCUCCCACUGGUAAAAGGUGGGAUUUUUUUUCCAGUAGUUACCACCAAAAUUUUGUAACAGUUCAAUACUUAUAAAAACAGUAAAAAUAGUAUAGUAUAAAAAAAAGUGCUUUAAUCAAUAAUUAUAAGUCGAUUAGUGUUUCAGUUAACUGCUUUAAAAGUGAUCAAACAUAUUAAAACCGGUGUAAGUGCAUAAAAUUAAAGGUAAAAUUAACGUUUGGUUGAAUUUUAUCUUAUUAAUUGUAAAUCGAAUUAAUUGUGACGUUAACCUGGAUCAUUGUCGAGGGCGCUUACGCUGCACUGCGUAGCGCAACGUUGUAUUUAUAUAGGAGCAUCGCUGAUAAUGGCGUUAGCGCCAGCGACAAUAAGGUCCGUUUCAAUAAGUAACGUCACAAUUAUAUGAACAAACAAACAAAUCAGUGAAAGACCGACUAUUUUUUAUCACUUUUAAGGUAGUUUACUGAAACAGUAAUCGAAUUAUAAUGAAACUAUAAUUAUAACUAAUUAAGUUAUAAUUAAUUGGACUUUUAAUUGAUUAUUGAUUAAAGCACUCUAAAUUUAUACUGUUUUUAUUAGUAUUGAACGCUAACCAAAUUUUGGUGGUAACUACUGGAAAAAAAAAACCCUCCUUUUACCAGUGGUAACUACUGGGAAAAAAUCCCAGUACUUACCACUGGUAACAACUUGGUGGUAAGUGGUAACUAAUCCGAAAAAGCUGGGGUCGGCUACGAACCUGACGCUACGAAAAUGUUGGCGGUGAAUGUGUUAAUAUAACACGAAAUAUAUGACAUCGCAGAUUUUUGCUGCGAUAAAUUACAGUUACUAUUGUAGGUACCUAAGUCAUAAAAGAUUGGUACAAAUCAUAUUUCGUCACAAACAUUCAUGUAUACUUUCAUUUCGCAAAGUAGGUAUGCACUGGCUAAGUUAGCACCCUAUUAAUUUUAGUAGGUAUACAGUACUUACGUAAAAAAAUAUCUUCUACAUCAAUAUAUAAUCUUUAUCCAUAUUAUUCACGAAAUAAACUCGAUAAUUUAAAUAUUUAUAUACGGCUUAUGUGAAGGGUACUCUUGCUUUAGUUGUAAACCAGUGUUAUAGAAUUAAGACGAAACGGGACGAAGUCACAUGACCUCUUCCAUGCAAAUGUAAAAAUACAAAUGUUGUUCCCAAUUUCCUUUUUGGGUACGGUCAGCUGCAGAGAAAAAGUACCCCCCUGCAUACAAAAUUUCUAUGCAGAGGGGUACCUUUUCUCUGCAGCUGACUGACAUUUUAUAAAAUAUCUUUACGCUAUUUGGUAUAAUAUAACAACAACUGUGCCCUUUCGUUUGUUUUUUUUUAUGUUAUAACAAUUAGGAGCUUAUAAAAUUUGUAUGAUUUUAUUUUUCGUUCCUAACACUUAUAAUAAGUAAUAAAAAAUACGGCCAAGUGCGAGUCGGACUCAUCCACCAAGGGUUCCGUACUUUUUAGUGUUUGUUGUUAUAGCGGCAACAGAAAUAAAUCUGUGAAAAUUUCAACCAACUAUAUCAUGAGAUACAGCCUGGUGAUUGACGGACAGAGGAACAGAUGGACGGACUGCGGAGUCUUAGUAAUAGGCCGUUAAUAUCUUUACCCUUUGAGUACGGAACCCUAAAAAUUGGAAAAAGUCAAAUGAAGUGGCAUAGCUAUGGUUAAUAUACAAUACAUUGUGUAAUAGUACAUUACUAUAGAAGCUGGGCGGGAAGCGAAGACUUGCAGGCUAAGUAGGAUAGGGAAACGCAGCUGGCAACCCCAUUUCUCGCGGAGACGUGUUUUUCUCAAACAUGCAAUGAAAAAACUAGUCACUUUGUUUUAUUCGUAAGUUUACACCGCUAAAAUCUACUACUAUUUGAUGGUAGAAUACCAAGACGUUGUGUGAAUGCCAAAAAGAAGAUUGCUUUCCAGGCUGUAUGAAAUUCCUUUAUGUAUCAUCUUCACUCAUCGCACCGGAUACGUAGUAUUUCCGGACCUAAUUUGAAGUAAGUAGUGUCAAAAUUUCAUUGCCAGUUUGAGAAAAAAUAUUUUACUUGAUGUGAAUAUCUAGGAAGGAAAAUCGAGACCACGUUUAUAUGGGGAAGCGGUCGUCCACUAAUAUGCUCUUAAGACUUUUUUUGUAGCAGUGAUCCUACCGAAAGUAUUUAAUAAUACUGUUUUUAUUAACCUA